GCCCUGCGACCUGGACGGGAGCCUGGCGGGGUCAGCCGCGGACGAGUUGCCAGGCGUAUGGCUGUGUGGGGACUGGGAGGCCGCCUUGGCCUGCGCGGGGGCCUCAGCGCCAGCAGGCUGCUGUGUUCCCGUUUCCAGAGCCGCGGCCCCCAGGGCGUGGAAGACGGGGACGGGCAACAGCCUUCCUUGAAGACACCCAAGAUCCCCAAGAUAUACACCAAAACAGGAGACAAAGGGUUUUCUAGCACCUUUACUGGAGAAAGGAGACCUAAAGAUGACCAAGUGUUUGAAGCCUUGGUAACAACAGAUGAAUUGAGCUCAGCCAUUGGGUUUGCUUUAGAAUUAGUCGCAGAAAAAGGCCACCCAUUUGCUGAAGAGCUUCAGAAAAUCCAGUGCUCACUGCAGGACGUCGGCUCUGCCCUGGCGACCCCGCGCUCCUCGGCCAGGGAGGCUCACCGAAGAUGUGCUGCGUUCGAGGCGGGGCCCAUCGUGCAGCUGGAGCAGUGGAUCGACAGAUACUCCAGCCAGCUUCCCCCCGUCACGGCAUUUAUCCUGCCGUCUGGGGGCAAGAGCAGCUCCGCGCUCCACUUCUGUCGGGCCGUGUGCCGCCGAGCAGAGAGACGGGUGGUGCCUCUCGUCCAGAUGGGUGAGACGGACGCUAAUGUGGCCAAGUUUCUAAACAGGUACCCGAAGGAAUUUGGAGAGUCCCACUGCUCAGAGAAGCUAGACUCAGUGACUAUCUCUUCACGUUAGCCCGAUACGCAGCCAUGAAAGAGGGGAAGCAGGAAAAAAUCUACAAGAAAAAUGACCCGUCGGACCGAGCCUGAGGCUCCUGGAAAUAACACAGAGGGGGAGAUCUGUGGACCCCUCCGAGGUGGAGAGUUUGUCCUUCCUGUCCUGAUUCCUGAAGAGCUCGCCCAGGGGAGCUGGUGGAGACCCCUGCCCGCCCUGCUAGCCUCUCCUGGGUCUUGGAAGAGGUGGUAAUGAAUGAAUUCAGUAUCGGGGAAAACAAGGCAAAGUGAUCUUGGCAACGAAGAGCUACACAGAAAAAAAUUAAAAGCGGGAAAAGCUUGA